AUGAAAAUUAAUGUUUUUAAAUUGAUUUAUGUGUUAGUAUUUUUGAAUUGUUUUAGUAAGGUUGUUGAUUCUACUAGUAACCAGUUAGGUCUCUCCAGCUCCUUGCUCAAAAUCAUUACCCAAGACGGUUCAGAACAGAGAACUAAUGAUAGAACUCAAUAUGUUAUUGAAGAUCUGGGUCCCUCACUUUAUUUCAGCUUUAGGACUGGCGCUGUAUGCAAAGAAGUAAAAUAUCAAGACUAUGUACUUUGGACUCUUGAUGGUUCUGAUAGCAAACCCAGAGCUAUAUGUAUGCAUAUGGAUUCAAACCAAAUUGUUUUUCAAUUCAGUGGUAACCUUGUUACGUAUCAACUUACCAAUAAUCAAUGGGAAAGUGAAACUAAGAAUUUGAAUGAAUUAUUUGAAAAUUUGCCUAACGAAUCUGUUGAAAUUAUUACAGAAGAUGGCGAACCUGCCAAUAAAAUGAUCAAGGGAAAAGUUUCAGUUGAUUACAAUCUUGAUGGAACCAAAUGCACUAGUGUUAGUUAUAAUGGAAACCCAUUGUGGACACCAGGAAGUGAAACUGACAACCAGUACCCAAGAAGAGUUAACUAUAACUUUAUUAAAAAAGUUGCUUUGAUUCAGUUUAGUCAUUUCUAUUUACUCUUCAGUUGUGGAAGUGAUAGAUGCAAUCUUUUAUCUAAGACAAAGAUUUGUGAACCAUCAAGUGGCAUUACAAUUAUAACCAAUGAUCAGGCCGGAUCAACUCAAGAAGGCGAUAUGAGUUCAUAUUUAGUGAGGGAAUAUGAUUUAGUAUCAGAGUAUGUAUUUAAUAAUGAAUACAACUGUACUGAAUUUAAAUUCGGAAGCCAGACAUUGUGGAAGUAUUCUGAUGAUACUUCAAUUGGUUACCCUAGAACCUUGUGUUUCCAUCAAGAUUUAAGACUCCUUUUUGCCGAGUUCGAUGAACGUAUUUAUUCAUACAAAUGUACUGAACAAGAAUGUAUGAUUAUUACAAAAUACCCACUUGAUGGUUUCACUAAUUCAAGACUCACAUUUGUAACUGAAAAUGACAUGCAUCAGGCUGGUUUCAAUGACCCGGGCCAAUUUAAUGAAAAAUCAUUUGGUUUUGGUUCUGAAUUUACAUUUAAGUCUAAUGUCAAGUGUACUCAGGUCAUGUAUGACAAUAAGCCUGUCUGGACAUAUGGCUCAUAUGAUUCUGGAGACAAACAUCCUGCCAAAGUAUUUUUCAAUUCUUUUACUAAAAUGAUCAUUGUUGAUUUCAUACAAUUUUAUAUGAUUUACCAAUACGAUGGAAGCGUAUUCUAUUUAAUUUCAACUGAUACAUUAUAUGGCUCAACUCAGAAUGACUUUUCAUUCAUUGGAGAAAAUAAUGUGGUACUUGAUAAGAAUGAUUAUGAAGCCAUCAAGUAUCCAUUUGGAUAUGCUGCUGCAGUUCAAUUCAAAAGCGCCAAGUGUUCUGAAAUUAAGUUCAAUGAUAAUACUGUGUGGGCCCAAAAUCCACAGAUUGGACAAAUUAAUCCAGCUGUGCUCUAUGUAAAUUGGGAUAUGAAGAUGCUUAUUGUCGAAUCACCUCAGUUCUUUAACGCUUAUAUGUAUAUUAACAACGAAUGGAAAAACAUAUUUACAUUCCCAGAUGCUUCACAAGAUAGAGCUGAUAUUCCUUCACAAGAUAUAGCUGAUAUUCCUUCACAGGCUCCAGUUGGUAAGCCUCAAGAGGAGAAAGCUUCUAAAUUAAGGGGUGCAGAUGAUUCUAAACCUGUUAAAUUUAACAAAACUGUUGCUAUUUUUUUGGUUGUUAUCGUAAUCGUUGGAAUUUUGUUUAUCGCAUUGGCUAUUAAGUGCUUUAUGAAAUGA